AUGCAGGAGAACCCAAAGUAUGCGAAGUACAGGAACUUCAACUGCAGCGAGAUUUAUGACACGCACGGUAGAUUGUUCGGGGACACUGGAGACUCGACCAAGUAUGCGUUGUCCCCAACGAAGUUGUCGCACCGUGGUUUUGAUUUGGGCACAGAUAGUAACAGAGAGUACGGAGGUGACAAGUUGCCCAUAAAUGAGGAAGCCACAGAUUCAAGUGGCAGCCCAGUCGAAGGUCGAACAAACUCCUUCAUGAAUAUAUCAGCACUCCAUAGUGGGGAUAAAAGAAAAACCAGGCACGGGAAAGGGAAAGCAAAGAAGAAAAUGUUUGGUGCACGAGAAGUUUCGGCUUCCCUUGAACAGAUGGAAGGUGAUCGGCUCCACCUCUUCGCCUUAUGGUUCCUCCGGGACAAAAACAAUCGGAACUCUUACUGUGCUGCGAAGACAACUCACUUGAGAUUUAAAUUCAUCGAGUACUGUUUCGAGCGAGACAAUAUGUCCAUUAAUCGUAAGGAUUGA